GAUUGACCUACUGGCAUUAUAAUUAAAGUUCAAAGUACAUGUAUAUGAGUUCGGUAAUAUCUGAAUAUUGUGAAAUUAAACUCGGUAUAGAAAUUAUGUAAGAAGGAACAUCUCGAAGUACUUACGGAUGAUCACAAUUUAGAAAUGCAGACGACAAAUGCACAUAAAGAGGGUAUGAAGCUAACAUCAUCAUGGAACAUUUGGGACCUACUUAGUAAAGGAGUAUUUAUGGUCGGCGUAUUUGUUUUGGCGACUGCAGCAAGAGGCGAAUGGUUCCUAGUUGCCACAUAUUUGGGAAAGGACUUCCUACGUGACGUCAUGCCAACGUUUGACGUCACAGUUAGCUCCACGUCUCACCUUAGACCUCUGUCGAUGGGGACGUGGUUUAAAGACUUACCCAUUUAUGUUGCGUUUGCUGUCCUCACCUCGUUUUGCACGUUCUGGGGUAUCGGCAUGAGUUUCGACUUUUACUUUUACAAGAAUAGAAAAGAUAAGCCGGAGCAGUGGAAGUGCCAGCCGGACAGAUGGCUCACGAAGUCUAACGAGUGGCACGAGUUCCUUUUGGGGUCUACCAACAUGCUCAUAGGCUCCGUCGCAUCGGGAUUCAUCUCGUGUUAUAUCAUGAACGGAGGUAAAUGUACGUUAUACACGCGGCCGGACGAGUACGGCUGGGCAUACCUGCUUCUCUCCGCGCCCGCGCUGUUCUUCUACAACGAGGCGGUCAGCUACUACCCGCACAGGAUGUUCCACACCCCCUUCCUGUAUCGCCACGUGCAUAAGGUUCACCACCGGUACGGGAGCCCCACGCUGUACAGUACAACCGCCAUGCACACGCUGGAGUUCCUCGUGUACCAGACCUUACUGGCGUUACCCGUGUUCGUCGUGCCGUUACAUGCGGUCGUUUUCGUCCCCAUUCUUCUCUACGGCUACUACUAUGGCAUGAUGGACCACUCGGGAAUCAAGAUGGACGCAGUGUGGCCAUGGCAACCGUCCUCCAUGUUCCAUGACGACCAUCACAGGCAUUUCCACUGUAACUUCGGAUUCAACACCAUUUUGUUCGACCGUUUCCAUGGAACCCUGAGGCGUACGAACCGGAAGUACGGGGAGACGGUUUUUGGCGGGAAAGGGAAGACGGAGUUUUUGAAAAACAACCAAUCAGAAUUUAUCACAUAUUCGACCAGCAGCAUUGUUCCAUUUAAAUAAUGUGCAAUAUAUGUAUAUAUAAAAGAACAAAAAUGAGCGAACUCCAAAUAACCAAUAAUCUUGAUAACUACAUCUCAAUUGUAAGGAUAUGGGAUAUUUUUAAACUGGAAAAUCAGCCUUAAAUCAAUAUAAUAUAAACGCCAAUCAAGUGGUUCUAUAUUUGAAUAAACGUCUCGGUAUCUAUUUAUUAAUUUUAAAUAAAGAAUGAAUUUUGUUUAUUUAUUUUUAAUUUAAAUACCAAACAUACCAUUGAUACGCAAAAGCACUCAUUAUAGCAAAAGCUUUUCGUUCUUAGUACACUAUAAAUGUGAUAAUAACCACCGACUAAACGCGUGGCAGCAUCGCAACAUUUCCGUUGUGUUUUUGUUACAGGCACACACGAAUUCUGCUUUAUUCUGGUAUAUAGACAAAUUUAAAAACAAUUUACCCCCCGUUCUUACAUAGCUGCGACUUAACGACGAUCAUCCCGAUCAAGCCACGAUCUGAAAAAAAGGAUCCAGUCCAACGAAGUCUAAAUCGAGCAAUUAAAAAAAAUUUGGUCUUCAUUGUGACCGUUCUACGAUGCCCCUACGUCAAACGCUUACUGCGUUUACUGUCGCGACAUUCAAGAUCAUACAACGACGCCACGCAGAGUUUUUUCUGCGCUUUUACUACGAUCAUGAAGAUCUAUCCGCGAUGCUUCCGCGUUGCCUGUACGAUUACGGCGCUUCUUCUACGCUCUUUUUACGACUUUACACCGAUUCAUUUUGGCCACGAUCCCGCUACGCUUGUUUUAAGCAUGUUCAAAAUAAGCGUGGCGAGAGCGUAGAGCUUUCCGAUCAUGAAGACUCUACCGCGAUCAUACCACGCUUAUGAAGACUCAACUACGUUUCUCCUGCGAUUCGUCACGAUCGGCUACGUUUUCGGCCAUGCUUUGAUCGUAGUAGAAGCGGCGUCUGUGUGAACGGGGGUUAAGGUUCGUAGAAAAUAUACAUUUACAUUCUCUUUAAAUUACAUGUGUUGUUUCAUAUAAAAUUUUGGUUCGUACAAAAUACAUGCAAAUUCUAUUCCUUGCGAUUUAGCUGUUUCUGAAGAAAUUUCUUCACUUUAUUGGUUCUCAUGGGUAAUGAUUUUUUUUAAUGUAUGCUAUUUAUACUUGCUUCGUGCUAAUCUGUAAUAAGUAAAAAAAAUCUUAUCAUGAAAGAAAAAAGUAUUCGAUUUGUUGUUAACAUAAUAUUCAUGGAGAUCGAAUUUAAAAACAAAAUCAUAGUUGUAGCAAUGCCAUUAAAUAAUUUAAUUUAUUGUUUGAAAAUUGAUUACCGGUACAUAAUAAUUAAUUAUUAUUGAUUUAUAUGUAUGUGAUUUUUGUUUUCUGGGUUACUUUUUGGCAAUGGCAAUUUCUUGUUGCCAAACGUACGAGAAAUUUGAGCUGAUCGAGCAACCUGGGAACCAUACUCUAAUUAAGAACCAUCUCAAUUGUUGCUGUUUUAUUCUUUGUUUUAAUUUUCCAUAAUAAAUGUUGCAAUGUUA